AUCCUCUCUCCAUCAUCCUCUCUCCCUGUGUUUGGCGAGCUUGUGAGAGCACAAACCUUUCUGCAAAACAGGUCGCCUACAGGAGACAAGCAUAUCAUAAUUUUGAGGGUAUCAUAAUUUUGAGGGAACCCGGAGAGCUUUCUUCUCUCCCAAGCCCGCCAAUUCACCCACGAACUCCUGUAAUGUCGUGGAUCGAAGAUAAAUAACCGACAGCUUGUUCUCUCUCUGUUGUAGUGUUGAGCGACACGAGCUACCCCGACACACAGGCAUACACACACAGCUCGGGCGUUCCGGCGACUCCUCUGCGGCCAACGGAAGGGUGUCAGGAGAGAGGAGAGGGAGAACGGAGGAGGCGAAGGGGAGAGAGGAGGGAGAGGAGGGAGAGGAGGGAGGAAACCCGACUGUUUUGAAGCUAUACGCCAGUAAACAAAGACUAUAAGCAUACACAGUGAACGAAGAGGAAACCGUCGCAGUGCUAUUUUAAUUCAGUGUGGAUGAAACUAGGAUGAGAGAGACGCCAAAGGACAGAGACGCCAUCGGUGACAAGUUAAAGGACUCCGCUAUUGGGAUGGCUGAGGUUUCGCAGCAGGAGAGAAUUCAGGCCAUCGCUGAGAAGAGGAAGAGGCAGACAGAGAUUGAGAACAAGAGGAGACAGCUGGAAGAUGACAGAAGACAGCUUCAACACCUAAAGUCGAAGGCUCUGAGAGAGCGCUGGUUGUUGGAUGGGGCUCCAGAGGAAGAUGAGACUCAGAGACGUAUUCAGGAGGACGAAGAGAGGACUAAGGCACUAGAGAAGAGCAUCCUCUGCCUGGAGCAGGAGAUAGAGGAGCUGGAGAAUCCGGUCGUGACCAAAGAGAACAGAGGAGCUGUAAAUGGAGUAUCACAGAACCAGAGUCCUAGAAGAGAACUAACAGGAGUAGAAGCCAAGCUGUUGGGUCCCAGUCCAGACCAGGCCAGCGCUGAGAACCCUGUUACCCUGGUCUUCAUGGGCUAUACAGCUCUGGAGGGUGAGACAGCAGGGGAAGUGGGGGAGGCAGGGGGGACAGAGGGUGGAGACGGCUCAGUCAAGGCGGAGUUUGUGAUGCUACCAGACGGGGAGGUGAAGGAGGUAAGAGAGGGGGAGACAGAGACCCAGGCAGCAGCCAAUGGGAGUACGGGUGAGAAGGGGGAGGCAGGGGGGGGAAAUGGGGGAGGAGGGGAGCAUGCUAAUCUGCUGCUGAAGUAUGAAGAACGUUGA